AGCUGGGUGGGAUGGUCGGGCUGGGAGGGGCUGUGGCAAGUGGGACCCGGAGGGUUUGGGAUGGUGGGGACCGGCUAGAAGGGGCUGCGGGACGGCGGGCAGGCUCCACUGGACGUGGGGGGAGCGUCGAGGGUGAAGAAACCCAUCGGAGGACAAGGGGGCCAUGUCCAGAAGGAAGACACACAUUGAGGAUGGUGGCUAUUUCAGGGAAGAGGGGGCCAUAACUUGACCUGGGAGGAGAGUCAGUCGCAGGAGCGUGGACGACGGAUGAAUAUUGGUGACACUUCUGAGUUGAAUUGGCCACAAGUGGGCCACACCCCUAUAGACGAAGGAUCCAGGACUGGACGUGGGGACGCAUCAGGAGAUAAGAGCAUCUCUAGGAAGUAGGACACAGAUCAAUGUGGUGAUUCAUGACGGUCAAAACUGAGUGAGGGGCAACAGCUCCCAAUCUGACACGUGUGGGAGGAGGAAGCCAAGGUGUGUGAAGAAUAAGCCUGGAUGUGAGGGGACAGGGCCCCAAGAUGGAGCUGACGGAGCCUCCACCAGGCACGGCGGUGCAGAAGGAGGAGCAGGAACUUUUGGACAGAGCCUUUUUCUCUUGGGCUGAGUUCAGCUGCUUCUUCGACAAGUGGUGCCAGCAGCGGCUGGUGGUCUUCUCGGUCAAGAGCUCCACACAUGUGGCUCGCAGCCCCUGGGCCAGCACGCCCCCGCUCUACAGGCUCAUCCACGUGCUCAAGUACAGCUACGUGCUCCUGGUGUGCAAGGAUGUGCGCAUGCCCAACCAGCCCCCAGAGUGGCCCCCCCAACCCAGCUGCCCUGCGUUCAUCACCAUCAAGCUGAGCCCUUUGCGGGAUCGACUCGUGGUUUCUGAAUGCCAGCUGACCCACUCGCACCCCGCCUGCCCAAGAGAGUUUGCCUACCACUUCCGCCCAGGCCACCUGCUGGCUAAUGCCUGCCUGCCAGUCCGUGUCACCAACCAGAUCUCCAAGCAGUUCGUGGCUCCCGCUGAUGUGCGCCGCCUGCUGUCCCACUGCAAGGGCCCAGAUCACGGGGUCCUGGAUGCCCUGCAAGUGCUCGAGGGACUCUUCCGCACCGACCCAGAGGCCAAGGUAAAGCUGGUGUUCGUGGAGGACCAAGCCAUGGUAGAGACUGUGUUCUUCCUGACGUCACGUACUAGGGCGCUGCUGCGGCGCUUCCCGCGCAUCCUCCUGGUGGACCGGCUGCAGGGGCUUCAGGGCGCGCUGGACCUGAUGGCUGUGCUGUGCGUGGACAGCGCUGGACGCGCGCGCCAGGCCGCCUGUUGUGUAUCUCGCCCCGGCACGCCCAGCCUACUGCGGUUCGUGCUGGUCUCCCUGCUGCAAAGCGCUCCUGAUGUCAAAGGCAGGGUACGCUGCCUCACUGCUGGACCAGAGGUGGCUGGGCAGCUGCGGGCUGUACGCCAGCUGUUGCCAUGUGCGCGCGUUCAGAUCUGUCGUGCGCAGGGUCUAGAGACACUCUUCAGCAAAGCACAGGAACUGGGCGGCGCCAGCCAAGAGGACCAGGACCUGUGGCCACUCCUGUGCCGCCUGGCAGAUGCAAAAUCCUAUACAGCCUACAGCGAAGCACUGGCUGAGUUGCGUUCCCAGGCUCCGUCUGCCUUCAUCAGAUACUUCGAGCACAACUGGGCGCCCCGCCAUGACAUGUGGGUACGUUUCCGUGCCUAUGAGGCAUCCCGAGAUCUGGAUGCCUGCGCUCUGGUACACGGCCAUCGCCGGCGACUGCUGCGUCGCCUCAGCCCUUCACACAGUGUUGCUCAGUGCCUUCGAGACCUAGUGGCCAUGCAGUGGGCUGAUGCCACUGGAGAGGCGGCGUCGGAGGGUGCCAGUAGUGACCGAGUGUGGCUGGGGAGUGAGCCCAGAAGUGGAGCACAGAUGGAGAAAGAGAGGGUGAGGGGCUUGGAGACCAAGGACUGUGGAGGGCCUCAGCGAGACAACGAGAAGGGGAAGGGAGUGCAGUUAACAGAUUGUGGAGGAGUCCGGCUGGAGAAUCAAAUGGGGAGGGGGCCUGAAGGGACAGGAGCCCAGCAGGAGAAAGAGCACUUGAAAGGGCCCGAGGUUAGAGACUGGAGGGGAACUCAGGUGGAAGAUGGAAAGGUUAGAGUCCUGGGGACCACAGACUGGAAGGGAACCCAAGUUGAAUCUGAGAGGGCCAGGAGUCAUGAAGGGGGUUCCUGGAGGGAAGUCCAGCUGCAAGAGGAAAGGGCAGGGAGACUGCAACCUGGAGACUGCACGGGGUCUCAGUUCAACAUGGAGAAGGGACUGGAGGUCAGAACAUGGAGGGGCAUCCAAAUGGAGAAGCCCUUAGAGGUGGCCUCAGAGAAUGGAGAACAAAGGGGACCCCAGUGGGGAAGCGAGGGGCAGAGAGGGCUAGAGAUUGCAGAGGAGAGAGGAGACAGGUUGAGGGGCAAAAGGAGCCGGGGCUUGGAAGACAUAGUUGUCGUGCAUUUGGAGGAUGCAAGGGUUACAGGCUUAGCCAAUGGAGAUGGUGUGGGGACUCGGUCUCUGGGCCCCAAGAGUGGGGCAGGACAACGGAUGGAGUUGGGAGACCCAGGAGGGAGGCUUUCAGGGCUGGGGACAGGGCUGGGGAAUGGAGUGCCCAGUACCACCCCUGUGCAGACUGUGUUGGAAGGCAAUCCAGAAUGGGCAGUGAUGAGGAAUGAGUCCCUGAUCACAGGGGAAAUGGCGCAGCCGGCAAGUAGAAGGGAAGGCCCCAGGGAACCAAAGAGACUUUGCCAAUCCUCCAGAGAGGAGGAAGUGGACUGGGAGCCAUUGGCCAAAUUCCGAGCAGCCUGUGGGCCAGAGCUGGCAGACCUGGUGGCCGAGGAGCUGGCCUUUGCCAGGCAGCACGGUACCCGCGGUUUCCACUGGACUGGAGCUGGCUUUGCUCUUAAAGAUGGCACCUCAGACUUCUUCCUGGAUGGGGCCCUGACACAUUGCAGCUGCUCGAUCCACGCUGCCAGACGCCUGCCCUGCAGACACCUCUUUGCUGCACGUCUCCUUACAGGGGCAGCUUUGUUCCACAUGGACUUGCUCAGGGAUUGCUGGGGGAGAGCCCAGGAGCCCUGACCUUGUGCACUCCUGCCUGCCACCCUCCAUGUGGAAUGCAGGAACAUAUUUGAUCCCAAAGAUAACAGGGCUGAGGUUGGAGAGACCACCCCAGUCCUUCUAGUCACCUCCUGGGUCAUCCAGGCACCUCAUCUUGGCACUUUUCCUCUCUACAUCCUAGGGGAUGCUGGCCAUGAUCUCUGAGAUCCUGGAUCCACACCUGCAGGAAGUGCUGAUGGCCAGGGCACAUUGAGAGGACAUCACUUGGGAGAAGACGUGCAUGAGAAAAGGUGUAGACAGGGUGAGCCAAGACAGAACAAGAGGAAGGGGCAGAGGGAGGUAGAGCAGAGGUCAGGGGAGGGUGCCAGGGGAUAAGACUGACAGGAAUGGGAGCUGUAGGGAGUAUAGGGGUUGAGCAGGAGAAGCCAGUGAGAAAAAAAGACUGGAGAAGAAGGGGAGAAAAGAUAGGAGGGGUAGACAAUGGAAGAGGGAGAACAAGAGCAGAGACAGACAGAAGUGAAGCACAGAAGGGCAUAGGACAGGGAGGAGAGGGAAUUUCCAAAGGAAGUGAUGAGAUAUGGGACAUGGGAAGAGGACAGGAGGACCUGGGGAUUGGCCUCCCCUUCCAGCUGACUAUUCUUUGGGGUGGGGCAGUGGAGAGGGCACUGAAGGUCUGGUGGGAUGAACUGGAGUCUCUUCCAUAGGGGAAGGGGAACUGUUUGAAUAACUGUGUUUUAAGAUUGAAUAA